GCCCAAAGUCGUCUCGAUACCCUAAUGAGAUGGAUUCGAGUGCUCGACGCAGUGUCAAUGUAAAAUCAUGUAGCAUUUGUCGACGUCAAGGGCAUAAUAAGAAAACUUGUGCAGCUAGGGGUGGUGUUGGAUCAUCGGGGUCUCAUGGAGCCGACGAUCCAUCCCGGCCCACGUGAUACUUCGGUUUUGACGUUGCAGGCGGAGCAUAGGAGUGAGGAUGUUUGGGGAGGGGGUAUGGACAGGCUUUUGACGUGUCGGGAGCACGUGCUUGGUUUAGGAGAGUGGGUGAUACAUGAUCGAGUCUUGGAGUUUGUUAGAUUAGCAGGGUUCUAUGGUGUACAUAGAUUGGUUGGUGGUGGAUUAGCCUUAGAUAGGUCUUUGAUCACAGCAUUGAUUGAGAGAUGGAGACAGGAGACGCACACUUUUCAUUUGGCUGUUGGUGAGGCUACUAUUACUCUGCAGGAUGUCGCUGUUUUGUUGGGGCUCAGAGUUCAUGGGGCUCCUGUCACAGGGGAUGGUACUGGGGUGUGGUCAGCUUUAGUCGAGGAGUUGUUAGGGAUACGACCAGAGCCUGGUGAUGAUGGAAAACCUGUUCUCCAGGGUUCAUCAUUGAGGAUGACUUGGUUGAGGCGACACUUCAGUCAGGGCCCCCCUGAUGACGCUGCUGAUAUUGUUUAUGAGAGGUUUAGCCGAGCAUAUAUUCUUGCACUUAUGGGGUCCAUUUUGUUUGCUGAUAAGAGCGGUGAUGCCGUGCAGCUCGUCUACUUGCCAUUGAUACGCGACUUGCGUAGAGCUGGGACAUACAGCUGGGGGAGUGCGACCCUUGCUUAUUUGUAUCGACAGAUGUGUCGAGCCGCUCGUAGACGAUCCCGUGACAUUGGUGGUCCACUUAUACUUCUGCAGUUAUGGUCAUGGGAGCAUAUUCACAUUGGUCGUCCGAGGAUUUCGAGAGUUCGCGAUGCUCCACCUCCUGACCCAGAGCAUCCUAUUGAGGUCGACGAUCCAUCUAUUCUUGGUACUCAGCAUCAGCGUGGAGUGGACCCCUUAGCAUGCAGUUGGCUUAGGGUUCACUUUUCAUGUGGCCAUACAGCUAGUGGACUCUCUUUCUUUAGGGAUGCACUUGACCAUCAAAAGGAGACACAGAUGACUUGGCAGCCAUAUUCAGAGACGGUACUUGGUUUACUACCCGAGAUUUGUAGAUGUGAUAGAGAUAUAUGGCGCUCAGUUGUACCGUUGAUUUGCUUUGACAUUGUUGAGUACCACUACCCAAAUCGAGUGAUGCGUCAGUUUGGAUUGGAACAGUCAGUUCCCGUUGCGUGUGACACGAGUGUUGAUCUUCAUAAUGUGGAUCGACGGCAUAAAAACAAGAAGUUUGAAGAGAUGCAUCGCAAAUAUGUGGAGGAGUGGCGUGAUCGUGAGAGUCGGAUUGUUCAAGGCACUCCUUUUGCCGGUCAUCGUGAGAGGAUGAAGGAGUAUAUGGAUUGGUAUUGUAGCAUCACGAGACUCCUCAUUACUCCUGUUACACGAUCACCCCCCACCACUCAUUAUCAGCCGUCUUCCUCUGAUAUUAUUUUGUCACAUGCAUUGGCUGAUCUUGCCUCAAGAUGCACUCGAGCUGUGGAUUCUGCGUUAGAGUUACCUCCCAGUUUGGCCCUUCCUCUCACUCUUGAUACGUUACGCAAUUUGAGUUCCUCUUGCAUUGAGACCUUAUCAAGAGUGGGGCAAGAACAUAUCCUCCAACAAUAUGAUUUAGCCUCGUCUCAGUGUACACCCGACACCUCCACCUCACAUGUUUCUCGAGGGCGUGGUUUUCGACCACCACGUGCACGCCCUCCACCACUUACUCCUCCUCUACGCCCUCUAGCACUUACUUCUCCACACCCUCCACCACCACCUUCUCCACGCCCUCCACCACCACCUUCUCCACGCCCUCCACCUCUUACUCCUCCUGCAUCUCCGCCAGCAUCACAAGUUAUUUCAUCUCCUCCUUUGCAGCUUCUCACUUACCGGCGACAAAAGGGUUGCUCUCCUAGUCAACGUCCCGAGCCAAUUGCCGAGGAGGAUGAGUCCUCAUUUUCAUCGUCCGAGCAUUCAAAGAAACAACGUAGAACUUAGAUUUGAGCUACAUUAGAAAUUUUGUGUAAUCUUUUGUUCUUUUUGCUAGUAUUGGAACUUUUAGAACUUUUAGAAACUCAUGUGUCAUUAUUGGAACGAUUGAACUUUUGGAAAUUUUUUGUUUGCACUCUUC